GGAGAGGACGGAAAUUAAAUAAAAGAGUAAUUUGUGAUAUACAAGAAAUUUUCGUAUAAAUAAUUAACUCGGAUAAUCUUUAUAAUCUUUCAAUGCUAUAAUUAAUCAAAGCAAUAACGUAUUGAAAUGCAAAAACUAAAAACUGAUAAUGGAUUGGAAUUUUCUUUUAGUUUUUAUGAGAAUUUUAUUGAUGUGUGUUGUUUGUAGUAAUUGGAUAUUAGAUUUCUUGCCUUAUAAGAUACGAAUUGUUUAUAAAAAAUUUAUCCAGCCGUCUAGGGAGUGACUCUUUUUCUUUUGUUUGUUUGUUUUAUUUGUUUUUUUUUAUAAUCUGACUGAACAAAUGAUUAAAAGGGCAGCUAUAAUUCAAGAAUUUGGUACUCUCUAUGUAAUUGUUCGACCAUGAAGCAAGAAACAAAGAUAGAAAAAUUUUCUAUGUCUGGAAAUAAAUCGCCACCUCAAAGACCCAAAAGAAAUAUUGCCCAGAAAAGCAUGGAUUACAAUAAUGGGUUGUUAUGGAGGGAGGAAAAGGACUUGAAGAAGGCACUGUAUGCAUCUCUUCAGGAAGGUAAGCGGAGGGCGAUGGAUGGAGAAGUGAAUGGUGAACAAAAGGAUGAUAUUAAGGAUGAUGGGAAAACGAGAAGAGGUUUAGCAGGUGGACAUUUGAAUUCUAAAAACAAUCAAGAAGCAAGUCCUAAAAGAGCACGUGUUCAUGCUCAAAGAAAAUUUGCACAAGGAUCUACUCCUAAUAGUCCUGCCCCAACACCAGUUAAAAUAUGUUCAGGAAACAGUAUUGCCACUGAUUUAUUACCAUGUCGUCGUCCAAAAACAGAAGAUUUCUUAACAUUUUUAUGUUUAAGAGGCACAUCAAUUUUACCUCCAUCACUAGAUUUUCUCAACAACUGUGCAAAAAGUGAUAGUAGUUCUGAUAGUAGAGAAGGUAGUCCUGAACCUGAAUUAUUUGAUAUGGCUUCAUACAAAGAAUAUGCUUCAAAAUCAGAACAUGAUAAAUUUUAUAAGCAUGAAAAUAUUUCUUCAUUAAGACAACCAACAAAUAAAUAUAAUCUUAACAGAAAAAGGAGUCAUUCUAAUAAAGAAGGUAUGGAGUCAGAAUCAGCUUCUGAAGAAAGUACAUAUAAUAUGCAAUGCCACCAAAAACGAAGUAGAAGUAAAGAGGUAUAUUCUGUUGAAACUACUGUACUUAAUUCAUUGGGCUUCAGUUUUCCAUUAUAUAAUUUUAAUUUCACUAAAGUUAUGCCAAUAAAAAAAUGUGGCUUUUUACAUACAUGUAUUCUGCUUUUAAUAUCCAGAUGCAUAAUAACUGUAGUUCUGUAUAAAUGUUUUUUUACAGGCACAUCAAUUUUACCUCCAUCACUAGAUUUUCUCAACAACUGUGCAAAAAGUGAUAGUAGUUCUGAUAGUAGAGAAGGUAGUCCUGAACCUGAAUUAUUUGAUAUGGCUUCAUACAAAGAAUAUGCUUCAAAAUCAGAACAUGAUAAAUUUUAUAAGCAUGAAAAUAUUUCUUCAUUAAGACAACCAACAAAUAAAUAUAAUCUUAACAGAAAAAGGAGUCAUUCUAAUAAAGAAGGUAUGGAGUCAGAAUCAGCUUCUGAAGAAAGUACAUAUAAUAUGCAAUGCCACCAAAAACGAAGUAGAAGUAAAGAGGUGCUUAAUAAUAGAAAAAGAAAAUUUUUGAGUGAUGACUCUGAAUUUCAAAAACAUAAGCAAACUGCACCUCCAGGACGAUUAAGAUUAUUACAACCCAAUAAUAACAUUAAUGGGAAAUCAAAACAGUUAGCAUCUGUAAGUGCUCUUAAAGAAAAAUAUAAACAACAGCGUCUUGCAAAACAAAGGACUAAAACAUUCCAUAAUCAGAAAGAAAAUUUAUCUCACAAUUCAAAACCUGCAAUUACUUUAAGAACUCAGAAUAUUAAUCAGAAUUCUAAUUCCUCAGUAAAAAGAACUGUUGAAAAUUUAAUUAAUGUCAGACAGACAAGAAGUGCAUGCUCUGCAAGCAAUAAAACUCCUGUAGAAAACAAAAGACUCUUAAGGUCAUCAAAAAUUCAUCAAGAAUUGUCUCUUCCUGUAACACGAACAGCCACACAACAAAAUUCUACCACACCAUGGUUAAGAAAAGCCAAACUUGUUCCUCCAAUUUUAGAUUUUGAUUCUGAUAGUGAUACUGAUUCUAAUAGUAGUAUUACAAUUAAAAAGGUACCACAAAAACAAAGAACUGAAAGAUCUAGAAUAAGUCUAAGGAAAGACAGUAAUAAUUCAUCUAAACAAAUAAAAAAUAUACAAGUAAAAAAUAAAACUAUGUCCCACAUGUCUAUCAGAAAAGCAGCAUUACUUAGUACUGCAGAACAUUCCUAUGUAAAACUGCCACCACCUGAAAAAAUUACACAAUCAAAAACUCAGUUAACUAAGAAGUAUAAAACUGUAGUAAAAAAGAAAUUUGUUCAACCUGUCAGGCAAGUUCAUGAUACCCUAGGAAGAACUAGAUCAUCUAAAUUAUGUAAAACACAAAUAUCAAAACCCAUGACACGCAGUGCUAGAUUAAAAGAAAUGAUUAUUAAUGAAGCUAAAUUGGAAAAGAAAAAUGAAAAGCGAAUGGACUGUAAAGUUUCAAAAUCUAAACUUGAAGGUAAAGUUAAUAUUGAUGCCAAAAAGGUUACAAGAGGAAGAAACAAGAAAAUUUUGAACCAAGAAAAAUUAAAUUUGAAAGAAUUAACUAAUGAAGGAAAGCUAACAGAUCAAGUAAAACAAAAAGUAUCUAUGUUAAAAAAUAAAGAAAUAAAUCAAAUAAUAGAAACUAAUAAAUUAAGAAAAUAUGAUGACAACUCAAAAUGCUUAAUUAAAGAAAAAGAAAAAAGUAAAUCUGAAAAGCAGAAUCAAGAGAAAGAAAAAUGUGAUAAAUUUAAUAACUUUAAUAAAUUAAAACAGUUUGAUUCAUCCAAAGAAAAAUCAAUGAAAAAAGAUGGUAAAUCAAGAGAUUUAGAAAGAAUUAGUUCAGAAGAUCAUAAAUAUACAUGUAAAAAUUCCUAUGGAAUUGUGGGUAAAAAAGAAAAGUUUAACAAGAAAGAUAAACAAAAUAAUUAUCCUAAUGAAGAUCAAAGUCAAUAUUCAAAAUCAGAUAAAGAUUACCAGUUAGCAUUAAGAAAGAAAAAGAAUAGCGGAGAACAGUAUGCAUUUAAUGAUUUUGAAAAAUUAAUGGAGGAUGAAGGAUUUAUUUCAAAAGAAAAUUUAGAAUUUAAUGAUUCAGCAAAUAAAUCAAAGAAAUUUAAUAAAUCAGGUUAUUUAUAUCAGAGAGAAUUAUCCUCAAAAAAGUCAAGCAAAAAAGUUCUAUCAAAACUUCUAAAUAAAUACUCAAAGAAUAAAGGUUUACAAAAAAAGACUCUUGAUCAGUUAGAAACAGAUGAAAUGUCGGAUGAAUAUAAUUUUAAAAAAUCUGAUAGUGAUAACAGUAGUGAAACAGUGAUAUCUGAUUCUAAAGAUAAAGCAUUGAAUGAUGAUAGUGACUCUUCAACCAAAGAACUCAAUCAAUCAGAAGAAGCAAUUGAAAAUUCUUCUUUAAAUAAUAGAUGUGAAACAAAUUCAACAGCAUUAACUUCUUCUGUUGGACAACCUACAACAGAGUGUCCAAAUGAUGAAACAGAAACAUCUUAUAUUAUUGAAGACAUGUCAGAUGGAGUAGCAACAUUUGAUGCUAUUUCUAAUGAAAUGGCUCAAACAUUACCAAGUGAUCUGGUUUUUGGAAGUGCCGAAGAAAUUCAGAGUUUGAUGACAAGUGAAUUUUCUGGUGUUUUUGAUGAAGCAUUUACAGCGGGUGCUAUUUUGUUGACAACGAGGGACACACUUGCCCAAGUUCCUUUACAUUUUAUUCAGGAAUUAACGCCAACUAAAACAAUGGCAGAUGCUGCAACAAAUACUUGUGAAGAAGAUCUUUUAGCUUGUAUGAAUGAAGGUCCUCUUAGAAGUGAAGAAACUUCAGUUGGAACACAAACAAUGACACCAGUAGGAUCUCCUUUACCAGUUACAACUGAUGCCAUAGUUCCUGAAGUUUCUACUGAUUCUAGUCCUAAAGAAUCUGGAAAAACAAAAGUAAAAAAUAUGCCAAAAGCAAUAACUUCUCCAGGAACAACUUCUACAUCAUUACCAAGAAGAAGAAGUAGAACUACAUCUUUCAGUAAAAAACUCAAACUAGAUGAUAAUUCACCUGGAAAAGAUUCAACAACUUCCAUUCAAGACAACCCCAAAAUAUUAAAUGCACCUGUUUUUUAUCCAUCUCAAGAAGAUUUUCUUGAUCCUUUGGAAUAUAUUAAGAAAAUUCAGCCAGAAGCAGAAAAAUUUGGAAUAUGUAAAAUAGUACCGCCAGCUCAAUUUAAGAUUGGUGGUAUUGAACUGGAUUUAUCAAAAUUUUAUCACACUGUGCAACAUUUUGGUGGAUUGCAGCAAGUUAUUGAAAAAAAGAAAUGGCAGAGAGUUGCAGAUGCAAUGCACAUACCAAAAGCUGCUCAAGAUCGUGUUACAAAAUUAUAUGAUGCAUAUUGCAAAUAUUUAGUACCAUAUGAUACUCUCUCAGAAGAUGAUAAAAAAAGAUUAGAAGAAGAAGUUAUGGUUAGUUAUGAUAAGUGGGCACAGCAGAGAUUACGAAAUAGAGAAACUGGAAAUAAGGAUGAUGAUGACGAUGAAGAAGAAAUAAAUAAUGAUUGUGUUACUAAGGUUAGUGAUUCUAAACAAUAUUUAAUAAAUCAAAUUAUUAUACCAAUUUUUGUAGAUAAUCAUUAUGUUACCUGUAAAGGAGUAAACAAUUUGAUAUCAAGCGUAGGCCAUGCAAUGAGACAGCAUAUCUUCAUUGUUUUUCAGCAAGAAUUUUGGAAAAUUGUAACAGAACGAGCUCGACAUUUAGUGGUCCAUGCUGGAAAUAUAGAUAGUAGUGUUUAUGGAAGUGGAUUUCCAUGCAAUAAAAAUAGUUUAUUUUCUAAGCAUCCUUGGAAUUUAAAGGUUCUAACAAACAAUCCAGGUUCCAUUCUUCGUUGCAUGGGCCCAGUUUCUGGUGUUACUAUUCCUACAUUACAUGUAGGAAUGUUAUUUACAACAGGCUGUUGGUAUCGAGAUCCUCAUUCAUUGCCAUGGAUUGAGUAUUUGCACACAGGUGCCAGUAAAAUUUGGUACAGUACACCAGAAGCUUGUUGCAAUAAAUUUAGGGAAGCAAUGAAAAAAAUAAUGCCAGAUUGUUGUACUAGCAAUCCAAUUUGGCUUCCUUCUGACACUGCUAUGGUACCUCCUGAUAUGCUUGUUGAACAUGGUGCAACACUAAGUAGAACAGUUCAGGAUAGUGGACAAUUUAUUGUUAUUUUUCCAGGAGCUUUUACAUCAACUAUUUGUUGUGGUUAUACUGUAUCAGAAUCUGUUUAUUUUGCUCCUCCUUAUUGGCUAGAUAUGGCCCAGAAUGCUUUUAGAGAUAUCAGAAAUAGCUGUGAACCACCAGCAUUUUCUUUAGAAAGAUUGUUUUUCUGUAUUGCAAAUGACAAUAGAACACAAGUAGAAACAUUACAAAAGAUGUUACCAAUGAUUGAAGAAAUAAGAGAUGAAGAAUUACAAUUAAGAAAGCAGUUGUAUGAUUUGGGAUUGAAAACAUCAGAACGUUUGCCACUCUUAGAGGUCAAAGACAAAAAGAAACGUUCUCGGGGAUCAGAUGAAGAUAACGAGCAAGAAUGUGAAGUCUGUCGUAGCCACUGUUAUGUAUCAAUGGUUGUGAAUUCACAAGAAGAAGCAAUUUAUUGCUUACAUCAUGCUUGUGAACAUAUACAAAAGAAAAAGAAUCUCAAAUAUUGUAAAUUAAUGUAUACUUAUGAUCAAUCUGAACUAAAUGAACUUAUCCAGAAAAUAACUGACCAAAUUCAAUCACAAAAGAAUUGCAUUCGCAAGAAGUCUCCUAAAAAGAAACCAUCAUCUCCAUAAUACUAAACUGUCAAAUAAAUGCCAUCACCCAGACAACCAAAGUGGAAAUAUCAAUGUUGAUGUCUUGAGAAUUUUUGUUGCAUUGAGCCUAAGGCAUGUAUGGUAGUGUGAUAUAAUUCUUAUUAAUUUUAUUUUUAUCAUUAAUGAUGGCCAUUUUCUUGUGAACAUAAUAAAGUUGGUCAGUAUUUGCCACCAUCUUAUGGCAGCAUUAUAAAAAUUUUUAUAGUGAAAACUGUAAAAAUAAUAAAUGUUAAAUAUUAUUGUUAUCUUAACAAAUAUAGUAAAAAUAAAAUACAAAAAUUUAAUACACCUAUAAGAAAAAUUUCCUCAAAAUAACUAAGAAAUUUUUAAAUGUUUUUAUUAGGAGAAAUGUAAAUUUCUUUUUGUAUAAAAAUAAUUUUAUAUGAAUAUUUUAAAUUUAUAAUUUUGACUUUGGUGUUAUCUUAAACUGCAGAAUGAACAAAAUGGUAAUUUAAAUGCAAAAUAUCGUUUAAUACUUACCGAAUGGUAGUUUUAGUAAAACGAUUGUUUGUAAACCAAAAAUUCCAAAGAUGUGGUGCCAAGGCAAAAAAACCAUUAAUGAAAUUUGGUCAAAUCAUUUUUUUGUUCUUUUUGUUACUCAGGGAUAAGGUUUACCUGUAAAAUAUUUUUUAUUUAUUCACUGCCAUUUAAAAACUUCUCUUCUUUAAAGCUAUCCAAUACUCAGUCUUAUUGUAUGAAAAUUUUUGUGUGUAUUGUUUAUAAGGGAUUAUAUUGGAGCUUUUUAUUGAAAAAGUAAAAACACCAUUUCUGUGUAUUCCAUAAUAUGUACUUAUCUUAUUCUUUUUUGAUAUGCAUAUAGUACAGUAUGUCUUUUUGAUAAAGUUAACUGUAACAUGAUUUGAUAUGCAUUGCUACUGUGAUUUUGUAUCUAAAAUUUAGAAAAUAUGUCAUCAUAUUUUAUAGAAUUUUGUAAUUUAUAGAUAUCUUAAAUGCUUACCUUUUACAAUGCAAAUCAAUUCCAGUCCAUAAAUAAAGCUUAUGUUAAUGUAAGCCUUGCAUUUUUUUAAUAGAUGCCAAUGUUUUACAUAAAACGACUUAUUAGUAUUAAACAUAAUCACAAAUAUUGUUAUGCCAUAUAAUUUAAUUGAAAUGCACUCAAAUACAAAUACCACAUUUUGCGGUUGGUCGAUUAACAGUCGACGCUUCGAUGUUAUUGUUUUGUCGGUAAUGUAUAUUUUGGUAGUAUUUAAUUGUUUGUAUAUUGAUUUUAUUAUUAAAUUGAUAAGGUGUAUUAUUAUUUAGGUUUAUUGUGUUUAAUAAAUGUGUGCGCAUCAUUUGCCAUAGCAUAUUUACUGCAAACAUAUCAUAUAAAUUUUUUUAAUUUGUUUCAAAUUGAAAUUGUCAAAACAUAAAAUAAAAUUUGAAAUAAAAAGA